GCUCCUUCACCUCCCUCUCAACUCUCGAAUCUUUUAUGCCCAGAAGGGCACUUACUAUUUUGACUCAUAUUGGUUUCGAAAAGCAUCCCAUCUUAACAAUUGUAUUUAUAUACUUAUGGACCCCAUGAUAGCCGCAGAUAUCCUCCCAUUGACUAUCGAGACCAACUCCUUAAACCCUUCUAUGGCCAAUACAUCUUUACAUGACCCCAUUUUCCCUUCAAAAGAUAAUAUUCAGAUUACACCUCAAGCUGACAAGUUCGGAGAAGAUGCUGUUCUGACCGACCCCUUAUCCACCAUUACCAGUGCCCCCUCAUCAGAUGAUUGCCCAGACGAUCAUCAAGAGCGCUCAGAAGAUGUUGCAAAUGUUGUUAGCUCACCUCAUGGCCACACCGCCAACAACAUUGAUAUCCGCAGCUCGCAUCAACAAAGCACUGUCCUAUCUGACUCCACUAUGACUUUUAAUACAGCUGAAACAGCAGAAGAACGAUCAAUAAAGGAUCUCUCAAGUACUAACGUAAAGGAGGAGCAAAAGAGCCAGGAUAAAGUCGAAGAUUUAAGCAAGAUGAGUGACGAAUCCAGCUUGAAAACAUCAUUUGACCAAGGCGAAGAGCUUAUUGAUGACAAAGAGCAAGCCCAAGAAGAACCUCGCGAGUCUCUGAGUCGUCCUCUGAGUCGUCAGGAACUACGCCGCAAAAGUAGCUUUUUUAAUUCAAAAGACAUUGCUGUUUCUGAUAAGCGAUACGGGACAUGGUCCGGUUCUUCCUCUAUUUCAGCCUCCAUGCGGCCUAUCACAGAUCCACGUUUCAAAAGUCGUUUUCAAAGUCUGCUGUCGCAGUGGAAAGCUAGGGAAGGCAACUGAGUCGUCUUAAAAAGACUAUGCUUUCUGUCUACUCUACGUAUACGGAUGUGCCAUUCAAGUGUUGUUAUUCCAAACCACCAGACUCAUUGUUCACUUGAAAGUGCUACAAAUAUGCAUGGGAGAGCUCUGAGCAUUCUUAAAAAAAAAAAAAAAAAAAGUGUGGGCUUUUAUUCAAAAUGUGCUUUUUUCGCUGCUCAUUCAACAUUUACCUAAACACAAUCACCCUCCCAGGUUCUUUGUUUGUUAUAUAUAUUUAUAAUUUAAUACCUUACUAUCAUUAUUUAAGCGCUUAGCAAUCUAACAAAGCUUUAAACGUGUACAC